UUCCAUCCAUCCAUCCUUCCUUCCUUCCUUCCUUCCAUCCAUCCAUCCAUCCAUCCUUCCUUCCUUCCUUCCUUCCAUCCUUCCUUCCUUCCAUCCAUCCAUCCUUCCUUCCUUCCUUCCAUCCAUCCAUCCAUCCAUCCUUCCUUCCUUCCAUCCAUCCAUCCAUCCAUCCUUCCUUCCUUCCAUCCAUCCAUCCAUCCAUCCAUCCUUCCUUCCUUCCUUCCUUCCUUCCUUCCUUCCUUCCUUCCAUCCAUCCAUCCAUCCAUCCUUCCUUCCUUCCUUCCAUCCUUCCUUCCUUCCAUCCAUCCAUCCUUCCUUCCUUCCUUCCUUCCUUCCUUCCUUCCAUCCAUCCAACCAUCCUUCCUUCCAUCCUUUCUUCCAUCCAUCCUUCCUUCCUUCCAUCCAUCCAUCCUUCCUUCCUUCCUUCCAUCCAUCCAUAUAAUAAUUCAACCUGUUGUCAUUGUUCCCUGUAGGUGAAUUAUGCUGUGCUGAAGGAAGAGGUGGAGGAUCUCCAGAGACAGACUGGUUAUCUGGAGGAGCUAUGCCCAGACAGAGUGACCUUUCUUGGGGUGGAGGUGCAGGGAGCCCUGGGGGUAUGGAGGGAAUUAAGGAGGAACGUAGAGGGGAACAGAGACAGAUUACGACAGUUUGUUCACCUGCAGGACUUCUUCAGGACCUACCUGGCCAUGAUAUCGUGGAUGGAGGACACCCGGGAGUGUAUUUUCUCUGAGAGAGUGUUGCAUUGUGGGAGGGACGACCAGGAGCCAAUGGCUGCGGAGAUGGAGAUGGACGUCCAGAUAGACAGGAAGUUGGAGGAGUUGGAGGAGCUGGAUGCUGCAGGGAGGAACCUGCUGAAUGCUGAGCACCACCUGGUCAACAUGAUCCAUGAGCGUCUGGAGGAGUUGAGGUCCAUGCUGGCAUGGAUGCUGGUCCACUGGAGAGACCAGAAACACCAGAGGAGUCAACGCAGGAAUAACGAGACUGAACCUAAUGAAGAUCUUAUCGACUCUGAGCCCCCAAUAGAGCAGACUCCUGGAGAUAACAUCUACUCAGAGACCACAGUAGAUUCCACGAGAGACAACUACUCAGAGACCACAGUAGAGUCCACGAGAGACAACAUCUACUCAGAGACCACAGUAGAGUCCACUAGAGACAACAUCUACUCAGAGACCACAGUAGAGUCCACUAGAGACAACAUCUACUCAGAGACCACAGUAAAGUCCACUAGAGACAACAUCUACUCAGAGACCACAGUAGAGUCCACUAGAGACAACAUCUACUCAGAGACCACAGUAGAGUCCACUAGAGACAACAUCUACUCAGAGACCACAGUAGAGUCCACUAGAGACAACAUCUACUCAGAGACCACAGUAGAGUCCAAAGACAACAUCUACUCAGAGACAGUAAAGUCCACUAGAGACAACAUCUACUCAGAGACCACAGUAGAGUCCACUAGAGACAACAUCUACUCAGAGACCACAGUAGAGUCCACGAGAGACAACAGCUACUCAGAGACCACAGUAGAGUCCACUAGAGACAACAUCUACUCAGAGACCACAGUAGAGUCCACUAGAGACAACAGCUACUCAGAGACCACAGUAAAGUCCACUAGAGACAACAUCUACUCAGAGACCACAGUAAAGUCCACGAGAGACAACAUCUACUCAGAGACCACAGGAGCAGAUAUCAACACCGAUGAUAUAGCCUGCUCCACCCACAGUACCCCUGCUCAGCCAGAGACCCACAGUACACCUGCUCAGCCAGAGACCCACUUUACCCCUGCACUGAGUGUCUUUGAGGACAGACUGAGGAAAAUAGACAGUCUGUACUGUCCCGCAACAGACCAGCAAAGUUGGAAGGACCAAGAGGAUGGCUAUCAGGUGAUGAACAGCAACACAGGGCCUCUAAGGGGCCUCACCUCUCCCCCAGAGACCCACCAAUCCUCCUGCCUGGUCUUAAAAGAGCCCAGCAGCCCAGCCCUCUGCCUGGGGGGCACCAUGAGCCUAGGGGGCACCUCAUUCAACAGCAGCCCGAAGGUUGGGCUGGGGGGGCAGGGGGUAAGCUUGGUGAGCCAGGGGGUUUGCCUGGGGAACCAGGGGGGAAUGGUCUACCGAGGGGGCACCGUCAAGAACAGCCCUACCCUCAGCCUUGGAGGCAGUGUGGACCUGGGGGGUACUGUCAACCUCAUCCUCAGCUUGGGGAACCAAGGAGACAGUCAUGUGGAGGUGAUGGAGGCUAAUCCUAGGGUGGGUGAGGAGGAGAGCACAGAGCCUGUCCACAGGCCACCUAAAACCUUUUGGAGGUGCUGCCAGGGUCUGUGGGAAAAUACUCUGUGUAGUUUAAAGAGAAAGAUUUAUCGCCAGAGUGCAGAACAGGACAACAACAUGACAUCAGCUCCUACAUACGAGAGUAUUUUACUGCCCCGCCUCCACACCAAGACCUCCUCCUCUUCAUCCCCCUCCUCCCUGCCCAAGAACACCUCCAUCUUCUCUAGUCUGAAGAUAAGGAGCAAGAAGAGGAGAAGGAAGAGAGACGCUGGCCGCCACACCAUUCAGAAAAUCAUGGUUGUAGAGGGGGAGGAGCAGACAGAGGUGGCAUGUCCUGCUGAAGCUGCACCCCAGCAAAUCACGCUGUACGACACCCAGACCUGGCCAAUGAAGGAGGGCCGGAGGAAGAAGAAGAGCCUAUUAAAGGCCGAGGGGGUGGGGCCAGGGCAGGGGGUGGAACUUGUGGACUACAUGGAUAACCCAUUGGCCAGGGAUAUUGAAGAUGAAUGUUCUGGGGUCUCCACUGUCAGCCCCUAUGCAGUGACAGAGGCAGUCUCUAUAGCUCCACCCAGGGGCCAAGUGAGGAGCCACUGCAGGUUCCUGUCUCUGGGGUCUGUUUUGACAUUCGACCUCUCCAAAGACAUGAGGUUGAUCCCCAGUAUACAGGAUGUCAUCACUAUAGGACUCCCAGAACACAGGGGAACCCCCAACCCAAACCUCAAUCCCAACCCUCACACAGAGACACAUGCAGCCCUCAGCUCUUUCAAACGUACCCGCUCCCCUCCAUCAGACACGCACAGAGCACCAGACAAUGAGGCCGUCACUACUUACAGACAUGAAACAAUGACACAGAUACAGACACAGCCACUACUGACACUGACACUGACACAGCCACUACUGACACAGACACAACCACUACCGACACAGACACAACCACUACUGACACAGAUACAGACACAGCCACUACUGACACUGACACUGACACAGCCACUACUGACACUGACACAGCCACUACUGACACAGACACAACCACUACCGACACAGACACAACCACUACUGACACAGACACAACCACUACUGACACAGGCCCAGCCCCAGACACCGACACAAAUACUAAAACAGACAAAGCCACUGACACAGGCUGUUCAGCUGGAGCCUCUGUCUAAUCUAGAUACAGAUUUUCCUCCUCCUCCUCCUCCUGCCCUGGAUGAGGACUGGGAUGAGAACGUAUCAAGCAAUGACAUAUCCCUAUCACAGAUCCAGACCGUGCUCCAGGAGCCUGAGCAGGAGUGGUCGGACCUCAUCUUCAGCAAGCAACCACCAAUCACAGCUUAUUGCCCAAAGAGUCCCACUCCAAUGAACCGAGACCAUUACAAUUACAUGGAAACGACCAUGGUUAGUAGAAGUCCCAUUGUAAAGAGCAAGGACCCCUGUCCCUCCUCAGCCUAUCAGAACCAUGAGAGCAAGGACCCCUGUCCCUCCUCAGCCUAUCAGAACCAUGAGAGCAAGGACCCCUGUCCAUCCUCAGCCUAUAAGAACUAUGAGAGCAAGGACCCCUGUCCCUCCUCAGCCUAUCAGAACCAUGAGCGCAAGGACCCCUGUCCCUCCUCAGCCUAUCAGAACCAUGAGAGCAAGGACCCCUGUCCCUCCUCAGCCUAUCAGAACCAUGAGAGCAAGGACCCCUGUCCCUCCUCAGCCUAUCAGAACCAUGAGCGCAAUGACCCCUGUCCAUCCUCAGCCUAUAAGAACUAUGAGAGCAAGGACCCCUGUCCCUCCUCAGCCUAUCAGAACCAUGAGCGCAAUGACCCCUGUCCAUCCUCAGCCUAUAAGAACUAUGAGAGCAAGGACCCUGUCCAUCCUCAGCCUAUAAGAACUAUGAGAGCAAGGACCCUGUCCCUCCUCAGCCUAUAA